AUGAGCAACAUCCGGCAGAUCUCUAUCACCCUCAGUGGACACACAAGACCUGUGGUUAAUUUGGAUUUUAGCGAUGUAACGGAUUGUGGCUACUUCUUAAUUUCAGCAUGCAAAGAUGGAAACCCAAUGCUACGUCAGGGCGACACUGGAGAUUGGGUUGGUACCUUCGAAGGUCACAAGGGUGCUGUGUGGGGUGUAACAUUGAAUGGGCAAGCCACCCUGGCGGCAUCUGGAGCUGCUGAUUUCUCCGGGAAGGUGUGGAAUGCCAUCACGGGGGAGCUCAUUCAUAGCUUUAUGCAUAAGCACAUUGUGAAAUCCGUGGCAUUUGAUAGUAAUUGCGAGCAUCUCGUAACUGGAAGCAAUGAAAAACUCAUUCAAGUAUUCAAUCUUGCAAAUCCAACAGCCGAAUCGGAAAAAUUUGCCGGACAUACAGCAGGAAUAAAGAAAGCCAUCUUCUGUCGCAAUGACAAAUGUAUCCUCAGCUGUGCUGAUGAUAAAUCCCUCCGACUCUGGGAUCGACUCUCUGGAAAGGAAGUCCAGAGGAUUGAUUUUGCAUCGAAUCCCCAAAGUCUUGAGCUAUCAUGCGAUAGGAGCAUCGUAACACUAACCAGUGGCAAUACAAUUACUUUCCUUGAGAAUGAAACACUAAAUAAGGUGAAGGAGAUUGUUACUCCUUCACCACUUGCAUCAGCCAGUCUUCAUCCGGAUAAGCAUUUUGUCGUUUGUGGCGGAGAUGAUUUUAAACUCUACAAAUACGAUUAUGUCACCGGAAAUGAAAUUGAUUCGUUCAAAGGACAUUUUGGUCCGGUGCACGCAGUUAAAUUCAGUCCGGACGGAGAGCUCUUUGCCAGUGGCUCCGAGGAUGGUACACUGCGCCUGUGGCAGACUACAGUCGGUAAAACAUACGGCUUGUGGAAGUGCACAGAACCCACGGAGAUUGUUGCAUCUGUUUUCAAUUCGGCUAAUCGUGAGGUGUCGGCAUCGUAAAAAAAAAAGAAUUUGCAGAAGAUAGAAAGGAAUAAAAUGCAAAUAAAAAAUGAAAGAAUUUAAAUGAAAAAAAA